UCAACAUUUCCUCCUAGAUUUCGCAUCUUUACAGCGAUGGCUGUAAGUCCCCAGCUUCUCCUUUGGUGUCUCUUUUUUCCAGGACACGCCCUCCCGGAAGGUCAGGUCCCUCCCUUUGCCUCCGUCCUGGGCUGGAGAAGAAGCCUGUUGUUUCAGGAGCCAGUGACCUUUGAGGACGUGGCUGUGUACUUCACCCAGAACCAAUGGGCCAGCCUGGACUCUGCGCAGAGGGCCCUGUACAGGGAGGUGAUGCUGGAGAAUUAUGCAAACGUGGCUUCCCUGGCAGCAUUUCCACUCCCCAAACCAGAUCUGAUCUUCUGGCUGGAGCGAGGGGAAGAACCAGGGUGCCUGGAUCCCUGGACACUGGUCGGGGGAGAGGACCUGAGAGGCAUCUGCAGAGGUGGUAAAGUCAAGACUGAGAACAGAGGGCAGACUACAGAGCUGAGCAUUUCGAAGGGACCAGAGUUUCACAAGUUGAUAACGGAGGUGCCGCUGGUGGAUGUUCCCAGGCACCCUCACUUUGAGAACAGCUUAGAGAAGCUGCAGCUGUAUCACCCAGGGAAGAAAAAAUACUCAAAGAACGGCAGUUUCACAGAUUUGCCCAUACAGGAUCAUCCAUCCUCCACUGCUGAAAGAGAAGAGACAGCCAGACAAUUGCAAGGAAGCUGUGGUGUCUGCAUGCAUCUUAUUACUAAGCAGGGCCUCCCUAGAGAACAGGUAUUUUAUAAUUGUGGUGAGUGCGGCAGAUAUUUCAACCAACAUUUAGACCUUCACCAGCAUCAGAGAAUUCACAUGGACGAAAAGCCCUACAAAUGCAAAGAAUGUGGCAAAGCCUUUAGAUGUAACUCAAAACUGUCACGGCACCAGAAGAUCCAUACUGGGGAGAAACCGUACCCUUGCCAGGAAUGUGGAAAAGCCUUCAGUCAAAACUCGCACCUCCUUCAGCAUCAGAAACUCCACAGGGGAGAGAAGCCCUACAAAUGUAAGGACUGUGGGAAAACUUUCGACUACAACUCGAAACUUAUCCGGCAUCAGCGAAUCCACACUGGGGAGAAACCCUUUAAGUGUAAGGAAUGUGGGAAGGCCUUCCGGUGUAACUAUGACCGCGUCAUCCAUGAGCGAAUUCACACUGGGGAGAAGCCGUAUGGAUGUAAGGAGUGUGGGAAAAGCUUCAGAUCAAAUUCAGUUCUGAUUCAGCAUCAGAGGAUCCACACCGGGGAGAAACCUUACAAAUGUAAAGAGUGCAGCAAGGCUUUCCGCCGGAGUUCGCUGUUUCUCCAGCACCAGAGGUUCCACACUGGGGAAAAGCUCUAUAAAUGUAACGAAUGUUGGAAAACUUUCAUUUGUAGCUCACGCUUUAUAGUACAUCAGAGAAUCCACACUGGGGAGAAACCUUAUGAAUGCCAGGAGUGUGGGAAGGCGUUCAACCAGAAAUUCACCCUGGUUCAGCACCAGCGAGUUCACACUGAGGAGAAACCUUAUGAGUGUAAAGUGUGUGGGAAAUCCUUCAAAUGGAGCGCGAGUUUCAUUCACCAUCAGAAAGUGCACACCAGGAAGAAACCCGACCAAGUUACAAGGCCAUCCCCGGUGAAGCCCUGCUGCCCCACUUCAGUCCUGUCCUCUCUGUCUCCCCAACAUGCGUGACCUGCCCCAGCCACGCCAGGGGCUCCCCUGUCUUGUUCACGGGCACUGCUGCUUCCUGCUGCUGUGCCUCUCUUGUUGUUCCCCUCAUCGGAAAUGGCCAAGUCUUCACCUGUCCAAGUUGUGCAUUUCUUUCAGAAUCAUGCUUCUCCUCGGAAGUCAUCUACUCGGAGCUUGAACCCUUUACCUCAUUCCCUGUGAGCUCCUGCAUGUUUCCAGCUCCGUCUUCCCUAGUGUGGCAGACUCCUCUGGGCUUCCAUCAUGUCUUUGAUGAUACUCUUCUGGUCCCCUAUAAGUAAGUCAUUAUUGUUCUCCCAGCUCCAUUUAAGCUCGCGUACUUAAGGACCAAGUUUGAUCACCCUCUUCUGUCCCCUGGCAGGGCUUCCCUGGUGGCUCAGACGGUAAAGAAUCUGUCUGCAGUGCAGGAGACCUGAGUUCGACCCCUGGGU